UAUGGCACACUACGUCCUAAAACUGCUGGGGGCCAGAUCUUCUGUGUCUUUUUUGCCCUGUUUGGAAUCCCUCUGAAUAUUGUUUUUCUGCACCGUGUCGGUAAGAUGCUGUCACUGCUGUGCAAAAAGCUGGGGAAAUUCCUGUACGAGAAAGGAAUGAGAAAGAAGAAGAUCAAAUUUCUGACCCUUUUGUUCUUCCUGGCAACGGGGAUCCUAGUUUUCCUGUGCUUGCCAUCAGUCUUCUUCCAGAUAACAGAGGGCUGGUCCUACAGUGAAGGAAUUUACUUUGCAUUUAUCACCCUCAGCACCAUUGGCUUUGGAGAUUAUGUAGUAGGUAAACAACCUGGCAGGAAUUACUUUUCCUACUACCGAACACUGGUGGCCAUUUGGAUUCUUUUCGGCCUUGCAUGGAUUGCUCUCCUAUUUAAUUUAUUGACAACUGUACUAGAAGAUACUGAAAAAAUAAUUGUCAAAGAUCUCCAUCAAAUUGGAAAGCUCUCAAGUUGGUGCGGGGAUGAAGAAUGGAUGUAGCAGAGCUCACUGCAGUCCCAGAAAUGCUUGGGCAGCUCCUAGAGAAACAUGGCCCAGCAGCAAGGGUCUACAAAGUGCUUAAAAGCUGAGUGUAAUAGCAGCAGUGGCAGCACAAUUUGGUGAUACCAAAUAGCCAAAAAUUGCCAGGAGGAAACCAAAAAGAGGAAUUCCCAGCAGCGGUUGUAAAAGUCUAUUCCUUUCAUGCAGUAAGUCUCUAAGCAAAAGCCUGAAUAUAAGUUGCCCUGGGUCUUUGCUCAAAUGUGGCUCAUUUGUAGGGCUGGGAUUUGGAAAUGAGACUUCCCAGUCAUCAUCCUGCAAACCCUCUGUGGGGACUCAGCCUGCUUUGGCAAACAGACCAGUGAAGGUGGAAAACAUCCUCUUAGGAUGCAAAUGUUAAGGAAGAAGCACGAUUUCUUAUGCAUGACCAUUUGCAUACUGGUAUCUGUAGUAACAAAAAGUAAUAAUCCAUACCAAAGUGGGUAGGGCUUUGGUGUAGCAGCCA